AUGUCCCAUUCGAAGGGCACCAGUCGCGUCUUGGUCAUUAUUAUCGUCAUCUUUAUCAGUCGAGGUAGAGAAGAUGCAGUUACAGAUUGGCGAUUUCAGGCACGUACCCAAGUGAUCGAUCCGGUUACCAUCCAACUCCGUUCACUUCUGGAUACUCUGAGCAAGAACUUCCUACUGAUACAUUAUUGUUACGCACAGGCUGACCUGAUACGUGCGAAACGUGAGUGGGCCCUGGAAAAGGUGGGAGAGCUGUCGUCGUCUGUCGUCGAUUUGAAAACACGGAUAGAGAAGGAGGCCAAGCAGUACAGCACCAAACCCGAAGAGCUGUUGAUGAAAAGCAUUCGCACCACGUCAGCUCAGUUGAGGGACAACUUGCAAGCACUCAAGGAGAAGCAGGUGUUUGGUGAUGGUACUCGUGUAGACUCAGCCAUUGCAUACCUACAAGACCUCGACAAGAAUUUGGGCGAAUCGGAGGAUAUCUAUCAAGUUAGAGAUGAGAGUGCUAAGCCCGUUCAAAUGGGCUUUGCAGUGAAUGAGGUCUGUGAAUGUCCACUUAUUUGGAUGAACAACAACCGAAUAGGUGAUAUCAGAGGCUCGGCAGCGCCUUUCCGAGGUGGCGGCAUGGACGAGCAACCUGCUGGCACGUGA